AACAUUAUUUCGAUUUCUUUUAAAAAUGAUCUCCACUAUCCCAGUUUUUCACGUAAUUUCCCAAUUUAUAUUCAUCAUCGUGGCUUCCCUGCUUCUGAUUUUCGAAUUUUUCCUGCUUUUUGCCACAAUAUCCCAUCGAAAUGAUACAAAAUUCCCAGUUGCAUAUCUGAUUGUAAUGACAAUUUGUGGGAUAGUUUGUAAAAUUGCAUUCAUAACAGAUUUUACAACAUAUUUGUUCUUUCCAGAAGAUAUUUAUACUGAAUACCGCCAAUUCAUCGGUAAAGAGAUCACAUUAGUGGGAACACUGUCAUAUUUCGUUCCCAUGUGUGUUAGUGUUCUCAUGACACUGAACCGUCUAUUUAUCGUGAUAAAGCCAACAGAUCAAGCGAUUUUCAGUCAGAAACGGAUAUUUGUAUAUAGUUUUGGAAUUCUGAUUUUCUGUCUGACGCUUCUGUUAAUUCCUUAUUUUUCCGAUUGUUCUGUUAACUUUUUGGCGAGUAGCCUAGAGUUUCAGACCGAUUGUGCUCCUGACAAACAUCCGGUCACGAGAUUCACCAACGCCAAUGCUAUAUGUAUUCCAACAACGCUUCUCCUCGUGAAUUUAGUAAUUAUUAUUCAUUUGAAAGCAGUACGUCAUUCUACAUACACAAAGUUAUUUCAAAAGACAUCUGCAGUUGGUUCAAAACGAACUAGCCAAUUGGCUCGGUGCCAGAAACGUCGUGAGCAUGCUCUAAUGCGUCAGACAUUGGCUAUUACCGUAUACCUGUCCUUCUACGAAGUCGGUAGCUUUUUGAUGAGAACGUUCCCGAUAUUCUAUCAAAACCUCCCCGAAUCAAUUCGCUCUGCAUAUUUCUAUUUUCGUCUCGAGACUAUAUGCGCCAUUACAUUCUUCGUAUACUUCAUGGAGAGUCCGUCAAUUAGGAAAACGCUUCUGGGACGAUCGGACCCGAAGAAGAACAGUGGAGAACAACAUGGAAAUCCAAAGAUUUCGACUAUCACGUUAAGAAUUUGAAUGUUUUUUUUGUAUAAAGGACUACAGAAUA